GGCACCUACAAGCUGGGUGUCACACCCGCGGCGACCCUCUCGGCCACCGGCACCGCCAGCAAGGCUGCCUCUGGCCUGACCGUCAACCUGCCAACAACGGCGGUCAACGUUGACCCGCCCACCAAGACCGUCACCGUCGAGGGCCAGAAGCAGGGGGCGUGA